UUUUUGUUAGUUAUUCGUACCACGUUGCCCAGUACAAUGGGGAAAGUUGUUUGAAUGGCAGAGGUAGAGAAAUAUCGAUCGGAUUUGAAGUCCAGAGCCGAUGGAUCAAUCAAAUCACAUCGUGUUUCGCCAGUAGUACCCAAGACGUAUUGUACACUGUAUUCAACAUGACCAAAACAAUUUUGGGAUACCAAACUGGAUUUCCAAGACCGUUUUGGUCGGACGGCGGCUUUUACAAUACAAAUCCAUCAGUUGAUAGCCUUUAUGGUAGAGCAACUCAAAGAAGUACCAUUAACAGUAUUUUGGGAUUGAACUCGAAUGACACCAGAUACAUUCAGCCCACUAAUAAUUUCUUCUUGACAAGAGGACAUUUCGCGGCCAAGGCUGAUUUUAUUUUUGGGGCACAGCAUAGGCUGACCUUUUAUUUUGUAAAUGCUGCUCCCCAGUUUCAAACUUUCAAUGGGGGAAAUUGGAACACUUUGGAAAAUAAUGUGAGAAGUUUCAGUGCGAAUCGACAACUUGAUCUAGUGAUUUAUACCGGUGGUCAUGGGGUCACAAGUCUGCCCGAUGUCAACGGUAACCAACAAGACUUAUACUUGUACAAGGAUUCGAAUAACAAUUAUGCCAUAAGCGUGCCGAGGUUGUAUUGGAAGGUUUUGUAUGAACCUGAGAACAAAACUGCCAUUGCUUUCGUAGGAGUGAACAACCCUUAUCAAUUGAUACGAGAAAAAGAUAUUUUGUGCACUAAUAUCUGCAGUCAGGUCAAUUGGUUGACAUGGAAAGCUAAUGAUAAUACCUUGGGGUACAGUUAUUGUUGCGAUGUUCGCGAACUAAGGGGAAAUGUCACUAAUAUUCCAAAUUUUACAGUGAAUGGUAUUUUGUUGUAAUGACAAGGAUGAAUUGAAAUAAAAAGUAUAUUUUUGGAAUACAAAAUGUGU